AUUGUUUUUUCGCGUUCUUAAUUUGGUGCAUAAAGUUGGUGUUAUCGAUUGAAAGUUCUUCUAUGGAAAAAAUUAUUCUGUGGGUACCUAAUUUUUCUGAAGGACGUAAUAAGCAGGUAAUAGAACAAAUUCAAAAUGAAGCCUUAAAAAUUCCAGGUUGUAUAUUGCUGGACUCCAAUUCUGGAUAUUCCACACAUAGAACAAUUUUUACUUUUGCCGGAAGUCCAGUUGUCAUAUUAGAAGCGGCUCUGAGAGCUUCUAAAUUAGCUUUCGAACUCAUAGAUAUGUCCCAACACGUUGGUGAGCAUCCGAGAAUAGGAGCUUUAGACGUUUCACCUUUCAUUCCUGUCAAGGGGGUUACAUUAGAGGAGUGCGUUGAAUAUAGCAAAACAUUUGGACAAAGACUGGCUUCUACUUUGGAUGUUCCUGUUUACCUAUACGGUAGAUCAUCCGACAAGGAAUACAGAAACAAAGUGCCACAAAUCAGGGAAGGCGAAUACGAGAGUUUGAAGGGAAAAUUAUUGGUCACAGAUUGGAAACCAGAUUAUGGACCGGCACGAUUCGUACCCACUUGGGGUGCCAGUAUAGUAGGUUGCAGAGACUUUUUAAUUCCUUUCAAUGUUAACGUAUUGAGCACCAAAGAACAAGCUCACACUAUCGCCAUGAAUAUCAGGGAAUCUGGCAGAGGAAUAAAUUUGCCAGGAAAGUUGAAGCACGUUCAGGCCUUAGGUUGGAUGCUAGAGGAAGACAAUAUGGCUCAAAUAUCAACCAACAUAUUAGAUUUCCAUUCCACCCCUAUCUACCAGGUCUACGAAGAGGCCUUGAAAGAUUCCAAAGAAAUGAAACUGGCUGUAAUAGGAUCUGAGAUCAUAGGAAUUGUUCCUAUCCAAGCUCUACUCGAUUGUGCUAAAUAUUACAUUGAAACUGAGGAUUUGAUGAUCUUAGACGAGGAAAGCAAAAUUAAGCUAGCCAUAGAUCGAUUAGGACUGAACACUGUCAAACCUUUCGACCGCAAAAACCAAAUCCUCGAGUAUAAAUUGCGCGAGAAAAUCUCCAAGCCAGGUUACAAAGAUAUGAAGAUAAACGAUUUUAUAGCAUUAGUUGGUUCCAGAUCUCCGGUGCCAGGAGGUGGAGCCGUUUCAGCACUUGUGGCAUCUUUGGGAACAUCCCUGACUUGUAUGGUAGGUUUACUCAGUCAAGGCACUAGGAAACUCGAAGCUAAUAAUUCAACAGUUAAAAAAAUUUUGCCUGCCAUUUAUGAAAAUCAGUUUGAACUUCUUGAUUAUAUAGAUAAGGAUUCGCAAGCCUUUAAAAAUGUUUUGGCUGUCAAUAGAAGGGAAUAUAAAGAUUCCGCUGAGAAAUCUAGAGAAAAAGAAUCUGCUUUGCAAAAUGCCACGGAAGUCCCAUUGGAAUUAGCCAGAAAAAUUUCUAAACUGUGGGACGGCCUAAUUGUUCUAUCUACCAUUCUGAACCCUCAAGCCAUCUCUGAUUUACAAGUUUCGGUUAGACUGUUACACGCUUCCAUCUACGGUUGUAAGUACAACGUUUUGAUCAAUUUGAAGAGUUGUCAAGAUGCGACGUUCACGAAUAAAACUCGGGUAGAAAUAAGCGAGAUUUCAUCUCUGGCAGAUGAUUACAUGGAGAAAAUUUUAGGAAAUCUGGAAGAAAAAUUGUCAAUCUAAAGGCCGUGUUAUGCUAAUUUCGAAUGAGUUAUUCGUAUACUUUAUUUUUAAAUUUAUCAGAUCAUUACAACAUCUUAACAACCUUUCGUUUAUGACAAGGUUGUUUUUUUGAAUUUAACAUGUGUUUUAUAUAUUCCCAAAUCAUUGAUUAAACCUUACGAAAUAUUUAUUAUUUAUAUGAAAUUUAAUUAUUUAUUUGUAUAUUUUUUUACAAGCCUACUAUUUUUAAUUUUUAAAAUAAUAUUUUGAUGUCUGGAAACUCGAUUUGCAUUCGAAGUUCUCCUUCAACCUUAUUAUAUUAGGCGAACUGUUAUGUUCCGCGAUAGCCUAUUGAGUAACGUAAUUUUUGCAUCAAAAUCGAAUCUAAUAUGAGUUGUUAUACGCUUUAUUUUUACUUCAUAUUAUAAAUAAAACAUUCAUUAUUUUUAUAUUCUUAAUUAUGUAUAAAUAUGUUUAAAACUUCGAAAAAUAUGCGCAACCCACCUUAAUGGGAUAUUAAAUAAUAGU